AUGCGCUGCCGAGGACGGCUGCGACGAGGUGGGCCUGGCGCAGCUGCGCCGCGCGGAGGCGAGGGUCGCUCUGGCGGUGAACGCAUCCAGCAAGUGCUCCAUCGGUUCGGAUGUUGCGACCAGGCGGCCCUGGCGCAGGUGCGCGUGCAAGCGAACGCGUCCAGCAAGUGCUCCAUCGGUUGCGAUCCCCACUCCAACCCGAUUGGCCGCUGCCCUGACUUGUCCGACUGCCCCGCCAGUGGUUGCUGCGACAAGCCGGGUCCGACGCCUGCGCCGACUCCGUCGCCGUCGCCACCUUCGGGCCCCUGCAAGGUGGGCUGCGAUCCCCACUCCAACCCGAUUGGCCUCUGCCCUGACUCGUCCAUUUGCCCCGCCAGUGGAUGUUGCGACCAGGCGGCCCUGGCGCAGGUGCACGUGCAAGCGAACGCGUCCAGCAAGUGCUCCAUCGGCUGCGAUCCCCACUCCAACCCGAUUGGCCGCUGCCCUGACUUGUCCGACUGCCCCGCCAGUGGUUGCUGCGACAAGCCGGGUCCGACGCCUGCGCCGACUCCGUCGCCGUCGCCACCUUCGGGCCCCUGCAAGGUGGGCUGCGAUCCCCACUCCAACCCGAUUGGCCUCUGCCCUGACUCGUCCAUUUGCCCCGCCAGUGGAUGUUGCGACCAGGCGGCCCUGGCGCAGGUGCACGUGCAAGCGAACGCGUCCAGCAAGUGCUCCAUCGGCUGCGAUCCCCACUCCAACCCGAUUGGCCGCUGCCCUGACUUGUCCGACUGCCCCGCCAGUGGUUGCUGCGACAAGCCGGGUCCGACGCCUGCGCCGACUCCCGGGAGCGGAUGUGCCUCGAACUAUUGUUGCUGGUGGCCUCAACCAGGACAGUGCGGCAGUUGUGGCACCGAUUGGAACAAUCGCGUGUACCUCCCGGGCUCGAACUGCCCGGGUUUCAACGAGCGGUCAGACGCGUAUUCGGGCUGCACCAGUCCCGGGACUUGGUGCCGCUAG